UUCGGGGACACACUUUGAAGGAGCGAAAAAAGCUAGAGGUUUAUUUUGUGUAUGCCUUUGUAUAGAGUUUUACAAACUAUGCCUUAUUGGUCAGUAACAAACUGUUAUUCCAUAAUAAUUGGUCAGUCCAGAGAAGGUGUCUAGGUGCAGGGAAGAGUUUUUUGUGAAAUACCGUUUUCAUUAUUAUACUGAGACAGUUGGCAGUUGUUGAAGCAGGUGCAAGAAACUGUCCUAAUCUGUAGAAUUCUUUCACAGGGAAACACGUUGUUUCUUGCCAUUGCAGGACUCUGUUCUCACAAAGAGUUGGUAGCAUUCUCACAGUUUAUGUCACAUUAAGUCAGAAUUCAGUCUGUGAGGCCUGUACAGGCCUGCUGUUAGCCACCACAAAGGAAUGGCUUGAGUUCUGGUGUUUCCCAGUGGCUGAUGGUAUCUCUUCUGCAUAUUUUAUGAGACUCUGUGAAACUUUCUCAUUUCAGCUCCUGGCUCUGGCAGAACAAGCCUUGCUGCUAAAACUUCAGAUCUGGAACCAGAUCUCAAGGAAAGGACCCUGUUUAAGGAACUGGACUAAUCACCUGAAUCCACCCUUAGGAGCAGUUUAACUCAAGCACGUUGACAGGAGCAAGAAGGGUGUUUUUGGGAAUGUGAUGGCGGGUGCUCAAGAGGAUGGCAGGUUUAGAGCCAAAUCCAUGCAACACACUGGCCACACUGCUCAGAAGAAGCCUUCAAAUACAUCCCAGGGAGCAGGAAGGGUACAGCCAGGGAACAUCAUGAUGCUUCCUGCUUCUACGCAGACUAGUGGCAGGCUCCCACUUUCAGGCUCUGGUCACCUAAACCCAGAAAGGAACCAGAAGCCUGCACAGGGGACCGUCACUGCUGCAGCAGCUCAGGUGGAAAGUGACCUCCCUCCUUCUGGAGCACCUCAUUCUCUGAAUAAUGGCCUGCAGGGCAGGCCAGUCUGCCACAAGGAAAACCUCGACCCACGAGCCUCCACAUCCCUGGAGCUGAUCAGAACUUUCCAAUCUGAUGCAAACAGUCUCAGGAGGAUGGGAGUCUUGGCCCACAGGCAAAGCUCAGCCGUAACAUCAAGGCAUGUUCUGGGUCCAAAAGGCAGAAUUAGUAACCACCAGCCUAAGGAAGAGCCAGUUGUGGAUAAAUCCAGGAAAACCCUGCCAGAAUCAAAGACCAUAUCUCAAAAUACAAGUAUCAGAACUCAGCCAUUGCAGGCAUCUGGAUUCCUUCCUGAUUCUGCUAAUUUGCUACAUAAAAACUCUGGGACAAAUCAGGGAAAAACUACUAUGGUGAGGCAACCUGGCACAGCUCUAGGGGGAAGUCUUAAGCACCACAGCCAAUCUCCCCCAGUGAGAAGAUUCCCCACCAAGCCUCCUACUUUGGGCAAGCCCCAGGGGACCACAAACCUGGAAGGCAGCCUGAACCCAGGUGUCACUUUGCCAUGGCCAAGGCUCACAGUUAAAGAGGGCACAGACAAGAAGGACAUGAAGGUGGUGCUUCCUGGACACACAGCAGCAUGCCAAGGGACAGGUCACCCAAACCAGUCCUGCAGUUGGUUGCACAGUUCCAAAACUCAUGUACUUGAGGAUGGUUUGAAGAGAGAGCAGCUUAAACCAGAGCUGCCGAAGGCAAGUGGCAUGCAGGCUAGGCGCAUUCCAAGGACCCCAUCAGCUGCAGACCGUAAGAAACAGCUGGAGGAGUGGUUGGCAUCCAAAGGCAAGAAAUACAAGCGGCCACCAAUGGCACAGCUUCAGAAGCAGGCAGUGAAGCCAUCCUGUAGAAAGCUCAAAGCAAAAGAGAAUCAAGAGAAUCCAGAGCAGCACUGCCAAGCAACGAUCAACAACAUAUUAACUGAGUGCCUGAAGCUCGCUGAGGAGGGCGUCCAUGUAGAGGAGCUCUCAGCAGUGCUGGCCUUUGUGCCCCAGGCAGAGAAAUUUGCCAAAUUCUGGAUCUGCCAAGCAAAGCUGCUGGCCCAGAGUGGCCCCUUUGAUGUGUUGCAGCUGUACAGAGAAGCAGUCAUUGCUGGGGCUGAGCCAAUCGAGGAGCUCAGGGAAACUGUUCUCAAUAUUUUGAAGGAUGCAGGCCAAAAAUUGGAAGGAGAAAAGGCGGAGGAAUCUAUUCCUUGGGAGCCUAGGAGAUGUCCAGGUGAGAGGCAGCCCAUAGCAUCGACUCCAGGCCUGGUGGGGGGGCCCAUGACCUCCCUUCCCCCCUCAAUCAAGUUACAGGUUACACCUGCAUCCAGAGUAAGGGAAUUCCUGGAAGGCCCAGAAUUGAAAUUUCUGACACCUGUGCGGCGCUCACUACGGAUUGAGAGGGCUGGGAGUCACUACCCAGAGAUGCUGAAGGACCAUGACCCUGUGGUGUCAUCCCUCAGUGAAAUCCUGGAUGCUGAGGAGGAGACUUGCUUCUUCUUCCGGAAAAAUGUGGCUUUGCCAGAAGUGACAGAGCUGGAGGGUUUGAGUUCAUAUCCCCUCAAGAGCUCCUGAGGGGUUCC